UGGUCAGCUGGUCUCCUUGCACAUCCUGACUUAGCCGCAACUGUUUACAAAGCUUCAUCUCUUCCAAACAGCCGAAUUCGGAGUCCUGUGUGAACAGAACACCGUCAGAGACAUGCUUGCGUACGGACCAGCCUCCGUCUGUUAACACUUGGACGCAUCCUCUUCUUCUGAGUCUUGGCUGAGAGGACUUGCGAGGCUGUGAUUAUUGGGCCAUGCAGCACCCCAACUUCGAGACACCCCACCCGCUCCAGGCAGACGAGCAGCAGGAAACGGGCUUUGACCCGCUCAACAAUAUCAACAAGAACCACAGCAGAGGCUCUCUUGACAGCAGCACUCACUCACCGUCAACCUUCCUCCCAUACAGGAAAGAAUGGGACGACUUGUUCCUCAACAGUAAUUACUUGGCCAGGAUCCGGCAGGCAGGCGUCAGCGGUAGACUGAGGAGCAGUCGCUUUCGGAGCAUAUGCUGGAAGUUGUAUCUGGAGGCUCUUCCAGAGGACAAGAGUCAGUGGCUCAACAAGACCAAGGAGCUCCGUGGCCAGUAUGAGAAGAUCAAAGAAACACACAUCACCAACCCUCGCAAGGCUGCAGGCCAACAGGAUUUGGUGGUCAACAACCCGCUGUCCCAGGACGAGGGGAGCCUGUGGAACAAGUUCUUCCAGGAUAAAGAGCUGAAGGGGAUGAUAAAACAAGAUGUAUUGAGAACGUUUCCUGAGAUUCGUUACUUCCAGGAUGGGGAUGUGCGGACCAAGCUGACAGACAUUCUCUUCUGCUAUGCCAGAGAAAAUGAACAGUUACUUUAUAAGCAGGGGAUGCACGAAUUGCUGGCUCCCAUCGUGUUCGUGCUUCACUGCGACCAUCAAGCCUUCCAACAUGCCAGUGAGACGGCGAGCCCCAGUGAGGAGAUGAAAUGUUUGUUGAAUCCGCUGUACCUUGAGCAUGAUGCCUAUGCACUCUUCUCUCUACUGAUGGAAACGGCAGAGCCGUGGUUCUCCUGCUAUGAGAGAGAAGUGAGGAGGGGUAAAGAAGAAAUGCUUACCAGCAUCCCUUUUGCUCGGCCCCAGGACUCAGGGCCAUCUGUUGCCAUAGUUACCAAAGUCAACCGCAUCCAAGAUCAGCUGGUGAAGAAGCACGACGUGGAGCUGCACAUGCAUCUCAACCGGCUGGAAAUCGCCCCACAAAUCUACGGAAUCCGCUGGGUGCGUUUGCUGUUCGGUCGUGAAUUUCCGCUUCAGGAUCUGCUUGUGGUUUGGGACGCUCUAUUUGCUGACAGCAUCACCCUGGAUCUGGUGGAUUAUGUCUUUGUCGCCAUGCUGCUCUACAUCCGAGACGCUUUGAUUGCGAGCAACUUCCAGACUUGCCUAGGCCUCCUGAUGCACUACCCUCCACUCGGAGACAUCAACUCUCUGCUCCAGAAAGCUCUCUUUCUCCGAGAUCCCAGAAACCAUCCUCGACCUGUCAACUACCAGUUCCAGCAGAACCUGGAUUACUACAAAACGAGGGGAGCCGACCUGAUGAAUAAGACACGUUCGAGCACAAAAGCAUCCCCCCUCAACAUCAACAAAGUGUCCAGCAGUCUGCUGAACUUCGGCAGGAAGCUCAUCGCUCCGGCCGUAUCGGCAGGCACCAGCACCGUGUCGCCCGUCAGCGGGGAGGUGCACUCCUCGUCAUAUUCGUCCACUUCCCCCACCUCGACCUCAGCGCCCGCCUUGCAGCACCCGCUCGCCGAGCCUUCGACGAGCCAGGCGCCGCCGCAGACCCAGAGCCACGCCCACUACCGGCUGCUGAAAUCUGAGAGCAUGCCUGUCCACCUCGGCAAAGAUGCAGUUUCAGGUGGAGCUUCUCAGGUCCCGACGCAGACUGACACUCAAGGCCAAAGCUCCAGGAGGCUCAGCUCCUCUCCCAGCAUUGAAAACCUCUCCGCUGGCUUGGGUCAGUCCUCCGCCUCGCCACCCCUGCCGCUCUCCAGGGGAGGCAGCGAUGUGAGCGCCUCGUCGCCACCCCUCUCGGCCCCCAAGAAAGAGUUGUUUUUCCACAUCACUCGCUCGCGUUCCCACAGCAAGACCAUGUCCAGGAAGGAGACGGAGGAGGACUUGGAGGCUCAGGUGUCGUUCUUGCAGGGACAGAUCAACGACCUGGAGGCCAUGAGCAAAUAUUGUGCUAAGAUGAUGAACAGCCACAUCUGUAAAAUUCAGGAAGUGAUUUUGCAAGACCACUUGGAGAAAGAGGAUGAGGUGCUUGUUUCACUGGCGGGGCUCAAACAGAUCAAGGACAUCCUCAAGGGGGCACUGCGCUUCAACCAGAGCCAGUUGGAGGCUGAGGAGAACGAGGUGAUCAACAUUGCGGACAACCACUACACCUCAGCGGUGGAACCCGCCCUCGGCGGUCCCGGCAGUCACCACGGCAAUCAGCCAGCGCGAGGCGGCAGCGUCUGCAGGCGAAGGCGAGGCCCAGAUGGAGACGGGAGCAAGAUGGCAGAGGAGCAGGAGGAGGAGCAGACGAUGACGCCGCACGAGGUGCAGUCUUCCACGGGCUCAGGAGCUAAGAGCUGGGAUGACUACAUCCUCGUACCCCAGGAAGGAGACCUGCAGGGCGCGGGCGCAGAUGGAGGCAGGGCCGGAUCGGAGCCCACCGCUCCCAUCAGGCGAGGCCGCGGCUUGGUCCGCAUGGAGCCCGAAGGAGCCGCCGGGACCUUUGACGACCCCCUGACGGGAGUCGGCGCCUCGGGCUCUUCCAGCCCGGAUGAAGGCUCCACCAACAGCAAGGACUCUGACUUCACCAUCGUCAACCCCAGUGAUUUUUGAACAAGUAAACCACUCCUCGGGGACCUUUUGAGAAGCUGCUAUCCUUUUAAAAGCUGUACAUGAUGACUGUGACGCAGAGGGGCAGCCUUUCCCAUAUUCCCUAAAGUACUGUCUAAGCCCAUGUAGAAUAAAGCUGGCACCUUGCCUUAGAAGUUUAUGAUUCCAUGACCAUGCUUGUAACUCAAAUCACCCUUAUCUCACAUCUUUCCUCAUUGAAAUUAAUAGAAAUGCCAUUCAUCUCUUCCAGCCCCCAAAGAACCGUUUUUCUUAGGGUGUGCAAGUACCGAUUAGCAGGUACUGCUAUCAGGCCAAUACCGGCCUUAAUUCAAGGUAUCUGGCACUUGUAAAGGAUGGCGAUACCAGCCCCCGAUACUUAAGGCAAAACAAAAAGUCUAACGUUGAGUAAGUCCUCCUUGCCAGUAGUUGGCGCUACACUGCAGCACUUUGACACACCGAUGAACCAUCAUGUGUGUGACAACGAAAGAAAGAAAGGUCACAGUGGUCACAGUUAUGUGUCAGUGUUAAUUGAAAUGUAAUGUAUCAAAAGUACUAGGGGAAUUGGUAUCAGUGAUUACACACAAGAAAAACAAAACAACACUGACUGCGAGGUAACCCUGUGAACUGAUGGUGACCAACUGUUAUGAAGUUUGCUGCCAUCUAGUGACUGAGUGUUUGAAGCGCACCAACUUUUCGCACGCAAUUUAAGGAAAUGGUUCACAGCCCAAAACUUGUAACUCACGGCACCGCUGUAUUCGCUCAUCUGCCUGAAGGCACAUCCAGCCUUCACACCUGGCACUCAUGCUUUGCUGUAGCCAAAUAAUGACUAAGUAGCGAAGGUGCAAUUUACUAUGUAUAACAACGCACCCUCUCCUCUUGAGUACUAAUGAGCCCGAUUCUUAGCGUCUUCUGUUCCAUACGAUGUGGCUGUGUUACGUCUUUGUGUGUCCCGCAGAGGACAUUUCCGCCUCCGUUUGGAAUGAGGGAUGACGUCCUCCCCAAGGACAUCAGUCUCCUCCAUCCUUAAACCAGUGCCUCUUAGCGUUAAUGUUCUCAUAACCAAACAAAAUCCUACUGUGAUCUUAUUCCUGGUUUUUUUCCCUUCCCUUUGACCCUCAAGACCUCCAUCAGUUUCCAGUGGGUUUAUAAAAUUAUGUAAUGUCUUUUUCUUCUUAUUGAUUUGAAUGUGAAGCUUUUAAAUGAGUGAUGUACUGUUUUGUUUUGUUCUUUCUCACAUCAAUAAACUUGGUUCUGGUUUCCAAAGGACACCACAACAGCACACACAACCAUCCCCCACCCUCAACUGUCCACUCAGCAUUAAAUCACUACAAAUAAAAACUGGCUAAACACUUAA